GUGCACAUGAUACUUGUUAAAAUGGGUCUUGAGUAUGGUGUGCCAAAUAGUGGCGUGCUCUGGGUGUUCUGGCUCACUAUGUUGCUGUGUGGACUCCCUCAACUCUACACUGUUAUAAUAUCCACAGUAAAUUUGAAUGCCAAGUACCCAGCAGUGAUGGUUGCAACUUUCCUGGUACAAUAUUUGAGCUCCAUUGUUAUGUUCAUCAGCCACUGCUGCUCUGAUGUUGAUUCCAGCAUCCAUAGCCUCGAUAAGACCAAGAAUCCAAGUCCAGAGAUGUGGGCAUCGUUUCCCAGCAUCCUUACCUUCAACUGGUGCACCAAUCUUGUAUGGAAAGGCUGGCGUCGCCCAUUGACCACUGCUGAUCUCUGGGAGAUGUUGCCUGAAGACAAUGCUGCUUCUAAUGCUGCUUUGUGGGCCUCAACUGUUGCCAGCUGGAGGAAGGGACAGACAAGUGCAAGUCUUCACGAUCAUUGUCACGUUCUUCAGUCUUCAGCUGAGGAUGUAGAAGAUUAUGAGGUUCCUGUGCUGACGAUACUGUUCAAAGCUUUCUACGUUUCAUUUUUUGUCACUGCCAUUAUCGUAGUGUUGGCAGAGUCCUCCAGAUUUAUCAGUCCUUAUAUCUUAGGGCUGCUUAUCCGGUUUAUAAAUGAUGAAGAUCAACCUGUGUGGAUUGGAUACUCUUAUGCUGCGAUUCUUUUCAUCUUCUGCGAAUUCUUCUCUUUCAUGAGAAAUGCUGCAUUUAAGCGUUUCUUCAUGCUGAACACGAGAAUAAAGGCCUCCGUCAUGGCAGCCGUUUAUCGUAAGGCACUGCGACUAUCUGCUUCAGCUAGACGUGAGUUUACAUUAGGGGAUAUUGUCAACCUGAUGGCCGUGGAUGCUCACCGACUGGGUGCUGCUGCGCAGGUUCUCAGUCAGAUGUGGGGAAUACCAGUUAUCUUCAUCCUCUCCUUCACCUCCCUCUGGCAGAGGCUUGGACCAGCAGUGUUAGCAGGCAUAGGAAUAUUGAUAAUCCUGAUUCCUAUCAAUGCUGUCAUAGUCAGCAAAUUGAAAAAAUUACAGUCAGAUCAAAUGAGGUUCAAAGACAAGAGAGUCAAAUUGAUCAGUGAGAUCAUCAGUGGAAUUAAGGUUUUGAAGUUUUAUGCAUGGGAGCAGUCCUUUGCCAAGCAGGUCGAAGAUGUCAGACUUCAGGAAAUUCGAAUGCUGAAGCAAGGAGCUUUUCUUCAGUCUCUGAGCGCCUUCAUCUGGAACAUUACUCCUUAUAUGGUAGCACUGACCACAUUUAUGACAUAUCUCCUGGUAUCAGACGACAAUGUGUUGGAUGUUGAGACUGCCUUUGUAUCUAUCGUGCUCUUCAAUCUUAUGCGAAUACCUAUCAACCAGCUGCCGAACCUUAUUGCCCAGCUUAUUCAGGCGGUGGUGGCGCUGAAGCGAAUGCAGAAGUUUAUCUCUGCUUCUGAGUUGGAUCCUGCAGCAGUGGGCAGUGAUCCUUCCAAAAAAAACACAUCAAUUUUUGUGACGGGACAGUUCAGCUGGAGCUCUGGCAGUGAAACCGCCAACUGGAAGCUGUGCGACAUAAAUCUUGAGGUGAAGACUGGACAGCUGGUUGCUGUGGUUGGUUCGGUUGGGGCGGGGAAGAGCUCACUGCUCUCAGCACUAUUGGGAGAGAUGACUAAAGAAGCUGGUUAUGUCUUCAUAAAUGGAACAGUAGCCUACGUGUCUCAACAAGCAUGGUUGCAGAAUGCCACCAUAAGAGAAAACAUUACAUGGGGUCUGCCUUUCGAGGAACAUCGCUAUCACGAUAUUUUACGAGCGUGUGCUUUACAACUAGACAUAGAUAUGCUGCCUGCUGGUGAUAUGACUGAAAUUGGAGAGAAUGGCAUCAACCUUAGUGGUGGGCAGAAGCAGCGUAUUGCUCUUGCAAGAGCGACCUACAGUAACACAGACGUACUGCUCUUGGAUGACCCACUCAGUGCUGUUGAUGCACAUGUUGGUCGUUACAUCUUUGAUCACAUUAUUGGCCCAAAUGGUUUACUCAGACACCAGACCCGAGUUUUGGUGACCCAUUCAGUGACGUUCCUGCCACUCGUUGAUCAGGUGAUAGUGAUGAACAAUGGUCGAAUGGUAGAGAAAGGAAGUUUCAGUCAACUAAUGGCACAAGGAGAUGAUUUUGCUACUUUUUACCUCCAGCAUAUGAAAGAGGAACCUGCUGAUUCUUUCGAUGAAGACUCCUACCCAGGUGAUGAUGGGAUGACUAGCCUGUAUAAGCCCACUGCUGAGGGACAGUGUUACGUGCCUCAGUUAUCUCAGUGUAACAAGAAGGAAGAAAACGUCAGUGUCAGAACACCCCAGAAGGAAAUUAUUGCAAGUCCCAUUCCUCAAGACUACAUUCAGCAUAUCUCUGAGAGUAACACUGACACAACAACAGCUUUAUGCAGUGGUGCUGAGGAUAAUACAAAAGUUACUAAGAAUUAUUCUGAUAAGAGCAGAGAGUUGCUCCAAGAGUCACAGGAUUGUGAGAGUGCAAAAUUUGAGCAUCAGAAUAAGAUUUCUGCAAGCAUGUCAAUGUUACGUACAAAUGGUAACAAUUGUAAUGGUGUGAAAGGAAAUGCUGAUGAAAAUAUUACAAAGAAACCAAAUGAAGAUUGUGAAAAAGAUGAGUUUUCCUCUUUGUCUUUAAAGAAGAUGCCUAGAGUAUGGUUUGAUGGUAUUAAAAAUGCUAAACAAACUGAAGCUCACAAAUGCAUCACAUAUGACACUGUUGGUGGUAGGAAGAAAACAUCCAGGCAUCAAACAAAUGUACAAUUGAAAAUUAUUGAUAAUGCGAAGAACAUGAAGGAAAAGAGAGGUACUAUUGUCCAGGAGGAGAAGUCACAAACAGGAAAGGUGUCACACAGAGUGUACCUUGCAUAUGGUAAGGCAAUGGGAGCUGCAUAUGCCAUUUUGCCGAUUGUGUGUAUUGCUCUUGCUCAGGGAAGUCAAGGUGGCAGUAAUGUAUGGCUCUCCCAGUGGGCAAGCUCAUCGAACACUAAUGCCACUACAGGGAACUUCGGGAGGACAGCUUUCCUGAGUGGGUAUGGUGUGUUUGGUGUGGCUCAGGCAUUCUUCUUUUUCGUGGGCAUGUUGUUGGUGAUGCUGGGCUGCUUGAAGGCUGCUAAGGUCCUGCAUAAGCAACUCCUAGAAAGUGUAAUUCAUUUUCCCAUGAGGUUCUUUGACACUAACCCAAGCGGACGUAUCAUCAAUCGAUUCGGCAAAGAAAUUGACAUACUGGACAAUGUUCUUCCAGGGGCCACAAGAGCCACAAUCAAUACCUUCUCAAGUGUAUUGACAGCCUUAAUUAUUAUUGUGGCUGCUACUCCUUUGAUCGGAGCAUUUGUGGUGCCCAUAAUGUGUGUAUACUACCUGGUUCAGCUGUUGUACGUGGCCUCGUCUAGACAGCUGAAGCGAAUUGAGUCAUCUUUAAAGUCGCCCAUUUACUCCCAUUUCGGUGAAACUGUUCAAGGUAAGUUAUGUGAUUACAGCAUACUGCACUUGCUCUGUUGAUCAUUUUCUGUUGUGCGCAGUCACUUGUAAUCACUGUUCUUCACUGAGUCUAAUAGAACUUCAUGUUUGUUUCCUUUAUAUGCAGUAUAUAGUGGAGCUCUUUAUGGCAUUUUCUCUCCCAGGUGGCUUGGGGUGAGGUUAGAGUUAAUGGGGAACUUCAUCACUUUAGCUGCAUCUAUCUUAGCUGUGGCCAUGAGAGAUACGCUGAGUUCUGGUAUUGUAGGACUCUCCAUAACAUACGCCAUCAAUGUCACAAACAUGCUCAGCCAGCUGGUUCGCCAAACAUCAGAAAUGGAAGCCGAUGUUGUAUCUGUUGAACGCAUUCGAGACUAUAUACAGAAAGAAACUGAGACUAAGUUGAGAACAACAGGACCUAAACUGUCACCUCUAUGGCCCGAGAAAGGCAGCAUUGUAUUUGUGAACUAUGAGGCUCGCUACAGACCUCAAUUGGAUCUUGUACUGCGAGGUAUCACCUGUACUUUCAAGCCUGCUGAGAAGAUAGGAAUUGUAGGAAGAACUGGUGCAGGCAAAACUUCCAUGACUCUUGGCCUGUUUCGUCUCAUUGAAGCUGCCGGAGGUCACAUUGAAAUUGAUGGUAUCGAUAUAUCAAAGAUUGGCCUUCAUGAACUACGAAGGCAACUCAGUAUUAUUCCUCAGGAGCCUGUACUCUUUAGUGGGACUAUUCGGCUAAACCUUGAUCCCUUUGGAACCCACUCUGAUGAUUCUUUGUGGCAAGUAUUAGAGCUGGCACACCUCCGUGACUAUGUUCGAGGGCAACCACUUGGACUACAGCAUACUGUUGAUGAAGGAGGUGCAAACCUCAGUGUUGGACAGAGGCAGCUUGUGUGUCUUGCUCGGGCUCUUCUGCGCAAGUCUCGGAUUCUGGUGUUAGAUGAAGCAACUGCAGCCAUUGACCUGGAAACUGAUGACAUUAUCCAAGCUACCAUCCGUUCACAGUUUGCAGAGUGUACGGUGCUGACCAUUGCUCACCGUCUCAAAACCAUUAUGGACUAUGACAGAGUGCUGGUACUAGAGAAAGGAAAGGUGGCAGAAUUUGACUCGCCAGACAACUUACUAGCGGAUCAAAACUCUAUUUUUAGCAGUUUGGCUAGGGAUGCUGGCAUCUUUUAAGUCAACAUUACAGCAGUGAUGCGCUUUCUAAACAUGGAUGUUGUUAAUACUGUAUUCAUUAAUUAUUAUUGUAAUCAAAUAGAAGCACUAAACCUACAAGGGUCAUACAGCACUGCCGGGCAAGGAGGGGUGCAGGAGUAAUGGGUAGCAAGAGGGAGAGGGAUGAUUAUUAGGUCAUGGAGUGUAGCAGGGCAGUGGACAGAGCAAGGGGUAGAUGGUAGCAAGAGAUUGAGGUAGAAAGGGCCGUGAGGAGUACUAGAGGCAUCGUCAUCAGAGUUUGUGCAGUAAAUCAGUUCCUGUCAAAAAGUCAGUGAGAGAGUCUGGGUUAAAGAAGGGUCUAUCAGCAAGAAGGGAAGUUAAAGUAAGGACAGUAGAGCGGUGACAAUGUUGGAGGUAAAUUCUGCAUGCUCGUUGAUAGAGUGGACAGUCCAACAGAAUGUGGCUAACAGAAACUGGAACCUGACAAUUACAUAAGAACAUAAAAACACAAGAAUAUAAGAAAGGAAGAACACUGCAGCAGGCCUGUUGGCCCAUACUAGGCAGGUCCUUAACAAUCCUUCCCAUUAACAAAAUAUUUGCCCAACCCAAUUUGCAAUGCUACCCAAGAAAUAAGUUUUGAUGAUUCUAUUUACUCAUUAUGCAAGUCCCACUCAAAUCCAACCCCUCUCGAUCAUGCAUUUUUUUUUUUUUUUUCAACAAGUCGGCCAUCUCCCACCGAGGCAGGGUGACCCAAAAAAGAAAGAAAAUCCCCAAAAAGAAAAUACUUUCAUCAUCAUUCAACACUUUCACCACACUUGCACAUUAUCACUGUUUUUGCAGAGGUGCUCAGAAUACAACAGUCUAGAAGCAUACACAUAUAAAGAUACACAACAUAUCCCUCCAAACUGCCAAUAUCCCAAACCCCUCCUUUAAAGUGCAGGCAUUG